AUGGACGUUUUCCUUAGACCGUUAGUGGCUGAGCUUAAGCAAUUGUGGCAGACAGGUGUACGUACUAAAGACGCAGCAACAAACACAUACUUCACAAUGAAGGCGGCGUUGUUAUGGACCAUAAAUGACUUUCCAGCCCGUAGUAGUCUAUCAGUUUGGAGCGGACAAGGCUACAUGGCAUGCCCAACUUGUAACCAAGACACUCCUUCAAUACGUGUAACUGGUAAAUGUGCUUAUGUUGGUCAUCGCCGGUUCUUAGAUGCCAACCAUCCUUGGAGAACAAGUCUCGACUUUAACGGGAGACCCGAGACACGAGACCCUCCGAGACAGUUUAGCCCAGCUGACAUAGAAGCUCAACUCGAUCGUUUAAUUAAUCGUCUACCAGGCAAGCAUCCAGCUUUUGGAGGUGGGAGGAUAACCCGGUCAGAUUUUGAGUUGAACUGGUCCAAAAGAAGCAUAUUUUUUGACCUUGAGUAUUGGUCUUCUCUGCAGCUGAAACAUAACUUAGAUGUAAUGCAUAUAGAGAAAAAUGUGUGCGACAGCUUGCUCGGUACUCUUCUAAUGAACGAUAAGAGCAAAGACACGCCAAAUGAGUGGUCCGACUUGGAAAAACUAAACAUUCGGCCGACACAAUGGCUGAAACAAUCGGGUGGCAAGUUCUUAAGUCCCCACCCAAAGUACUCAUUCAAGUCCGAUGAUCGAAAACUUUUUUGUCAGUUUAUAAAAAUUGUUAAAUUACCAGAUGGGUUUGGAUCUAAUAUCAGUAAGAGGGUGAUAGAUAACAAUGCUAACAUUACCGGAUUGAAAUCUCAUGACUGUCAUAUCCUCAUGCAACGUUUGAUACCGAUUGGGGUUAGAGGGCUUUUGACUAAAGAUACAUCUACACCAAUAGUAAACCUUUGUAUGUUCUUUAAGCAACUUUGCUCUAGAACACUAUCGGUGGAUGAUAUGAAGAAAGCAAAGGAUGACAUUGUUACCAUCUUAUGCAAGUUAGAGAUGAUCUAUCCACCUGUGUUUUUUGACCUUAUGGUUCAUUUACUUAUGCAUUUACCUGAUGAAGCGAUUGCGAGAGGUCCAGUAGCUUUUAGAUGGAUGUAUCCAUUUGAAAGGUACAUGAAAAAACUAAAGAACUAUGUCAGAAACCCGGCAAGGCCGGAAGGUUGUAUAGCUGAAGGUUAUAUGUUUGAAGAAGCUCUAACAUUUUGUUCAAUGUACCUUAAAUAUGUUCAGACUAAGUUCAAUCGCCCAGAUAGAAACGAUGAUGUCGUUGUUGAAAAAAGAAAGUUAUGGUUGUUUGAGUCCAAAUGUCGUCCUGUUGGCGCAACAAAGAAUAAAUAUCUAUCAUUCAUCGAAAAAAGCAAGAUGGAAUGGUUUGUCCUCGAAAACUGCGCAGAAGUUAGUGAAUUCAAACAUACACAUCCCCAAGAUUAUCUUAAAACCAAAUUUCUGGGAUGGUUUCUCCAUAAGGUCCAUUCGAUGAAAACACAAAAUUCUCCAAAAUUCCGCCCGGAGUUGUAUGCUCUUUCAAUUUGUGCGAAAGUGACUGCUUACACUUACACUGCUUGCAUAGUCAACGGUGUUAGGUUUAAGACACUUGAACGUGAUGCAAAAUGCGCAGCGCAAAACUCUGGGGUGGAAGUGGUUGGAGAGAACGGUGUGAAAUUUUAUGGCCAAUUAGAAGAAAUUAUUGAGUUGCAUUAUACAAAUGAUUAUUCCACUGUCCUAUUUCGUGAUGAUGACCGCGUCAAUAAGGUUCAAAAUGUUGACAAAGGCUUAGAAGAUAUUGAUGUUGUCGACAACAACUCUUCAUCUGACUGUCCACUUGUCGUUGACUUGACCCAAUACUUUCAAAUUGGAUCUUCUCAUGUUACUCUGGGUGAGCCUUCAAUUGAAGUUGAUCCCCCAACGGCUACCAUCGAUGAAGUGUUUGAGGUCGAGAUUGAUUGUGAUGAGGUCAAGGCUGAUUGUGAUGAGGAUGAUCCCGAUUAUGUGGAGUCUGACUAA